GUGGUGAAAACAGGGCGAGCUCUUGCCUGUGGCUUCCACGCGUUCUUCGGUACUUUACGAAAGAGUAGAAUGUGUGUGAGGUGUGGCCUGGGAGGAGAUGGAUGGAGGUGGAACAGGGGAGGAUGUGCGUGCGCCGCUGCUGCAUGGAGUCGCGGCGCCAUCUUCGACUCCAGUGAGGCGAAAAAACUCGGUGCGUUUCUUGAAAAGAGAUUUUCUCUCGAGGCUUCCUGCUAAGAUUCAAUCGGCCGUCGAUGCUGAGGACCCUUCUCGAAUCGACAUAUCAAAAACCAAAAGUUUAAGUGCAGGUGAAAAGGAGUACUAUGAAAAGCAAUUGGCUACUCUCAAAUCAUUUGAAGAGGUUGACACCUUGCAUGUGUCGGCUAACAGUGACAGUGAUCAUGAGGAUCCAGAAAAUUCAAAUCAAAGUCGGAGUGAAUUGGCUAUAAAAAUUUCCAACUAUGCAAACUUUGUUCUCUUGUUAUUAAAGAUUUACGCUACUAUAAGAAGUGGAUCCAUCGCCAUCGCUGCAUCAACACUUGACUCUUUGUUAGAUCUCAUCGCAGGAGGAAUUCUAUGGUUUACACAUUUGUCAAUGAAGAAAGUGAACAUUUAUCAAUACCCCAUUGGAAAAUUGCGGAUGCAACCAGUGGGUAUAGUUGUAUUUGCUGCUGUCAUGGCUACUUUAGGGUUUCAAGUUUUAAUUCAGGCACUUGAGAAACUGAUAGCGAAUAAUCCUCCAGACAAGUUUACUUCCGAGCAGCUUUUGUGGUUGUAUGGAGUAAUGUUGUUUGCCACUCUUGUAAAAAUUGCUCUCUGGCUUUAUUGCAGAACAUCAGGAAACAAAAUUGUUAGGGCCUAUGCCAAGGACCAUUACUUUGAUGUUAUAACCAAUGUUGUUGGCCUAGUUGCUGCUGUUCUUGGUGAUAAGUUCUUCUGGUGGGUUGAUCCUAUUGGCGCCAUCAUUCUUGCAAUUUACACAAUUUAUAAUUGGUGUGGAACAGUAAUGGAAAAUGCAGCUUCCCUAGUGGGUCAAACAGCUCCACCUGAAAUGCUGCAGAAGUUGACAUAUCUUGUGAUUAGACAUGAUCCUCAAAUUAAGAGAGUUGACACAGUUCGAGCUUACACAUUUGGAGUUCUCUACUUUGUGGAGAUUGAUAUUGAACUGGCUGAAGAACUGCCAUUGAAAGAAGCACACGCCAUAGGAGAAAGCCUGCAGAUGAAGAUUGAGGAGCUGCCAGAAGUAGAGCGAGCAUUUGUGCAUCUCGACUUCGAAUGUGAUCACAAACCGGAGCAUUCGGUCGUCAGCCAGCUGCCUGAUGAUGAGGCUUAACUUAAUGAGCUUAAUUUGUAUGGAGUGAGAUGUGGGCAUCUUAACUUAAGGUGCUGAAUUCGAUCGUUGUGUUAUGCAUUUUGUUGGCGCAUUUUUUUUUUUUUUUUUGGUAGUUUGCAGCAUUGAUUGUUUUUGGGCACUUCUUAGUUCAUAUAGAGAAUAUGUUGAGGAAAGCCCCCCAUCAGUUGAACAAAGGUUCUCUAAGUCUAUGCAAA